AUGUCUUGUGGAUGUCAAGCUAAUUCUAAUUUUUGUCCUUCAUUUACUCAAGAUGGAACGAAUGACUUGGAACGUGCUUAUUUAAUGGCUUCCACUGAUAUUGUUUUAGAGAAUAACACCUCAUCUAAAAAUUGCUUUGAUACUGAAAAGAAAACACUCCCAUUGUCUUUAUUUGAUAACCCAUCUUCUGUACUUGGAAAGAGAAAAGAAAUGACAAGUAAAGAAAAAAGGAAAAUACGUCCUAUUGACAGUAAAAAUCAAGGUAUUAUGACAAAUGAAUUAAAAGAAAACCAAAACUCAACUCAACCACAAGAAAAUAAUGGUGUAUUGGAAGAACAAGCAGAAGUAUGUUCAAUGCCUCACACUAAUGUCUGCUGUGAGGAACAAAACUCAAAAGAAGAAAUGAAAAAAUUAGAAGAAAACAAAAAGAUUGAUGGAAACCAAACUCAAACUACUUCAACUUCAAUUGAAGAAGAUGUGUCAAUGAAAGAAGAAGAUUUUGAAGAGGAUUUUAAAGAAUUAGCACAAUCAGAAAUACAUUUAUUUGAGCAAGCUUCAGCUAUAUUUUUAACAGCAUCUAAUAACAUUAAAUUAAAGAAAGAAAGUGGGAUUACUAAAGAUGAAUUAGAAGUAGUAAAACGUGCAUGUGAUGUUCUUGGAAGUGGGGUUGAAGAAUCAUCAAUAAACCAGGAAGAAUUAGAUAAAAUCUUUUUACAGAGUGAUUCUACAAUGUCAAAUAGUAGUGAAGAUUAUCAAUACCACAAAAAAAGGGAGGAAAAAAAACCAAAACGGAACCAAGGUUUAAACCGAGUUAAACGAGUUAUUAGCAUUCAUAAUAUUCUUCAACCUCAUUGA